GGUAUUUCUCCACUGUCGUCCAGAAUACCAAAGCGAGGAGGCGAUUCUAUUGGGAACCUCCUCCUCAAGACUCCCAUUCAAAAGGAAUAAGGGCACGCAUAAUUCCGUUUGCUGCCAUACUUGGUCCUAAGCUUACCGUUGAACUUAGUUCCCCCGGGCUACGUUGUACUUCCCUCGACUUCUUCCGCUAUUCUAAGACUGCACCUUUGGACUUGCCUAGCUUACCUACCUCCUCGAAAUACCCCUCGCCAACAUAGAGACACAAAUGGCUUCAACGGAAGCGAAGCCUCAGCAACCGUCCAGACCGGUACAGUGUGUCGGCCCAUUAUAUCGCACGGAAAGCCAAAAGCCUACCGCAACUGUGUCUACCGAGAUCAACCUCGACAAUGUCACUAUCCUCCCCCAGACACCACAGCUGAUUGCCCUUCUCACUAUCAUCCGCGAUAAGAACACCGAGCGUGGCGACUUCAUCUUCUAUUCAAACAGGAUCAUCCGUCUCCUGGUCGAGGAGGGCCUGAAUCACCUGCCCACCAUAGAACAUGACGUGACCACUCCGGUCGGACGCACCUAUUCUGGUCUCCUAUUCCAAGGCAAGAUCUGCGGUGUGUCUAUUAUGCGCGCCGGCGAGGCCAUGGAACAAGGCCUACGGGACUGCUGUAGAUCUGUUAGAAUUGGCAAAAUCCUUAUUCAGCGCGAUGAAGAGACCGCGAAGCCCAAGCUUUUCUACGACAAGCUCCCCGAGGACAUUGCCCAGCGCUGGGUCCUGCUCCUUGAUCCUAUGUUCGCGACUGGAGGCUCCGCUAUCAUGGCUGUCGAGGUUCUCAAGAGCCGCGGUGUUCCUGAGGAACGCAUCUUGUUCCUAAACCUCAUAGCCAGCCCCGAGGGCAUCAGGAACUUUUCGAAUAGCUUUCCCAAACUAAGAGUAGUGACUGCGUUUGUGGAUGCGGGUUUGGAUGAGAAGAACUAUAUCGUCCCAGGCCUUGGCGACUUCGGAGAUCGGUUCUACACCAUGUAAAAUGGCCGCCCUCACUAGCCUGCCUAGAGCUCCGUCCGUAACCCUCUUAUGUACAAUGGGCACUUUUCGCUCAGUAGAAACCCAGAAAGAAAACGGCAAAGCCACGUAUCGCGUGGCAUAACAUGGCAUGGUUAAAACUCGUCGUCGUCGCCCACGAUUCCAUCCUCGUCCUGUUCCUCUACUGUCCGUCCGACUCGUCGUGUUCCCGUGCUGCGACCGUAUCCGCUUGCAGACGCUUCCUUCUGCUGGUUCGAUACAUGAUCUGUAGCAU